AUGCGACUUUUCGCUAGUAUGCGUUCUUUUGCUUGCGCAAGUUUUCUUUGUGCUAGAUACAAAAGUCUUAGUUUUGUUAAUUUACAACAACAAAAUGAGGAGCAGGCUGUAAAGUUGUCUCGAAAGAUUGUCUCAAAUGUCGAUAAAAGUGGCCUAAGUCUUCGUUUAUAUCAAUAUCAGACAUGCCCGUAUUGCUGUAAGGUCCGUGCUGUUCUUGACUACUUUGGAUUUUCUUAUGAGGUGGUAGAGGUGAACCCUGUGACUCGUUCGCAAAUUAACUUUACUGAUUAUAAAAAGGUUCCUAUUGUUCGAACACCUUGUUAUGAGCAUCCGCUUAUCGAAUCUUCUUUAAUAAUUUCAAUUUUGGCGACUUAUCUAGUUAAACCUGAGUUGUCGUUUUCUGAUGCGGUUGAGCUCUAUCCCAAGCAUGUUUCAAAGGAUGCAAAGACAGGAAAAGAAGUGACUGACUGGUUAAAUAAAUAUUUUGUUAUGUGGGGCGAUACAAAACUUGAUGAUGGACAAAUGCGGGAUGUUAGAGACGAACGUGAAUGGCGCGAAUGGGUUGACACUCAUUUUGUUCAUCUAAUCUCUCCAAAUGUUUAUCGCACUUGGUCCGAUUCAUUGGCAACAUUUCGCUGGUUUGAACAAGUUGGUGAAUGGGAACGCAAUUUUCCUACGUGGGAAAGAGUUUUGGCUGUUUAUGUGGGUGCUGCAGCAAUGUGGGGGAUUUCGAAGAGAUUGAAAAAGCGGCAUCAUAUUGUUGACGAACGCGAAGAAAUGCGCAAAGCUUUUGACAAAUUUAUGAAAGCAAAGGGACCAGAAAGGAAAUUUAUGGGAGGUGAACAGCCUAAUUUAGCGGAUUUGGCACUUUUUGGGGCUUGUAAUUCCUUUUAUGGUUGUAUUGCAUUUUCUGAGAUGUGCCAAUAUGAUAAACGACUUGUUGAAUGGUUUGAAGCAAUGAAUUUGGCUGUUAAGGAAGCAAGAGGAAAGAAAUUACUUGAAGCAAAAUGUAAAUUUGUAAAAGGAGGGAAGUAAAAUUUUGAAAGUUAGUUUCUUUUUAAGACUUUAGUCUCUUUUAAUUAGAACUAGUGUUCGGCAAAUGGAUUUUUCCGGAGUAGGAUCUGGGUUUGGCAAUAGAACGGAUCGGAUAUUUUUGGGUUAAUCUGGUCUGGAAAUAAUCGGGAAACCGUGAAGAAAAAACACGGAUUUGGGAUAGGGUAGUUCAGGCGAGUUAUAGAGGAUAGGGCCGGUUAAUUUUGCCCUGUAGCGAGGCAAAAAUAGAAGGGAGAAUAGAAAAGAGAAAAAAAGACCCGGCACAAGGAAAAAUUAACCGGGCGAUUAACCGACCACGAACUACCCUAAUUCGGGACAAGAACUCUGGAAAAAUCCGGCUGAAUCCGAUCCGUUGCUGAACACUAAUUAGAACACAAAUAUUUGUUUAUUUUUUUUCUGUUUGUUUUUCACUUUGUAAAUUAUUUUUUAAUUUAUUUUUGUUGGUAUUAAAAAAAUUAAAUUUGUUAAAUUUUCAAAAAAUUUUUUAUCUUGUUGUAAUGUUUUCGUAUAUAAUCCUUUUUUAGUCUGUUUUAGAGGAUUUUUAUGUUAUUCAAAACAAGAUAUUUUGUACUAUCUAAUUUUGGAUUUUAUUUGCGCUUUUUGACAGAUAUUGGUAGGUAAUUUAGUAUAUAUUUGUUUAGGUGUAUUUUAAUGAAGGAGGAGAUUUUGGGUAGAUAUAUAUAGUGGUCAAAAUUGGCUAAAUAAGAAGCUGAUGUGAGUGAAAAUUGUUUUCAUUUUCAGUCAAAGAAAUCAUAUCCCGCCUUAUUUUUAUAUUUUAUCUAGGGGUGUUGGCGACAGGUUAGUAACCAGUACCUCUGUGGAGUUAGGUGUGGCCGGGUUUCUGCCCCCGGUUUUCGGUUCCGGUUCAGUUGACGUUCCGAACAUUUUC